AUGUCCAAACAGAGAGUAAUAAGCGAAUCAACCGGGUUAUACAGGCUUUCCAUUGUCAAUAAACACAACAGCUCUGAAAAUGACCAUGAAAUAGAAGUUUCUAAUGUUGCAACGCCAGAAACACCUAGGAAAGGAUUACCAAUUUCAUCUCCGGUAAGAUCACCGGUGAAAUGCGCUUCUCCGGCUCAAAUGAAUUCAGUAAGAGACGCAGCACCAGCUGAUAGCUUUUCUGAACAAUUACUAUACAAAUUGGCUUCCAAAAGAAGACAGGUCGUGGAAUUGAAACAACAACUACUGAGAGCGGAGCACGAGCUAGAAUCCCUAGAGCACCAAUGCAAAGAAUUGAGUCAAUCUGAGAAAACAGUUAAUUCACCAGACAAGCUUCACAAGUUAACAUCUCGAUUACAACAGACACUAGAAGAAGUCAACAGUAACCCCAGAUUAAUCAAGAGCAAGCAAAGCAUUGGCAAUUUCUUUCAGGCUAGAAAAGCUAGGCCUGAAGCCGACUCGUUAUCCAUUGAAGAAGAACCAGCACGCUCAUCCCCAAUUGCAAAUAGAUUUCAAAAACUGCGAAGUUCCCACGCGCAUCCUGCAUUUUUCGAUAAUCUGAUCAACAAAUGGCAGAGUUUCGCAGUAAAUGAGGAAGACGAGCACAAGUUUGACAGCGAACGACCUACAGAGAAGUAUCACAUCAAGAGUAAGCUGGACUACGACGAUGACGAGGAAAUCACUUCUGAAUCAGACGAUCACUCUAAACUGAGCGACCUCGGUGAGGAUGCUGUAAUAUCAACGUUUAAGAGGGAAUCGACGGCGAUAUAA